GGCAUUGAUGAUCAGUGCCCUGAUGUUCAGUGCAGCCCUAUCAAUGCCACCUGUCAGUGCCCAUCAAUGCCACAUACCAGUGCCCAUCAGUGCACAUCAAUUGCACAUAUCAGUUGCCAACUAUCAGUGCCAGUCAGUAAUGCCUAUCAGUGCCAGUCAGUGAUGCCUAUCAGUGUUGCCAAUCAUUGCCACCUAUCAGUGCCAGUCAGUGCCGGCUAUCAGUGCCCGUCAAUGCUGCCUAACAGUCCAAUCAAUGCCACCUAACAGUUCCAAUCAGUGCCGCCUAUCAGUGCCAUCAGUGCCAGUCAAUGCCACCUAUCAGUGCC